AUGAGCAGAUCGCCUCUUGCGGCCGGUGUCAAAGCUUACGAACUUAGAUCCAAGUCCAAGGAACAACUGCAGGAGCAGCUGGUGGAGUACAAGAAGGAGCUGGCCCAGUUGAAGGUCCAAAAGUUGACCAGACCAUCUCUCCCAAGAAUCCACACCGUCAGAAAGAAUAUUGCCAGAGUUCUCACUGUGAUCAACUUGCAACAAAGAGCCUCCGUCAGGGAAUUCUACAAGGGCAAGAAGUACAUUCCAAAGGACCUCAGACCAAAGAAGACCAGAGCUCUGAGAAGAGCCCUCACCAAGUACGAGAAGACUCUGAAGACCGACAAGGCUAGAAAGCAGUCUAUUGCCUACCCAGCCAAGAAGUUCGCUGUCAAGGCUUAA